AUGAUCACUGUGGUGGGGAACCUGGACAUGAUUGUGAGCAUUAGGAUCAACCCCAAAUUCCACACCCCCGUGUACGUUUUCCUCAGUCACUUGUCUUUUGUUGAUUUCUGCUACUCCACUAUAGUUGCACCUAAACUAUUAGAAAACUUGGUUGUGGGAGACAGAACCAUCUCCUUCACAGGGUGCAUCAUGCAAUUCUUCUUGGCUCGUAUAUUUGCAAUUGCAGAAACAUUCAUGUUGGCAGUGAUGGCCUAUGACCGUUUUGUGGCAGUUUGUAACCCCCUGCUUUACACUGUCGUCAUGUCCCAAAAGCUCUGGGCAUCAUCAGCCGGUGGGCCCUAUGCAUGGGGUAUAGUUACUUCCGUGACACUCACUUAUUUUCUUCUGGCAUUAUCCUUCUGUGGUUCUGCUAUCAUAAAUAACUUUGUCUGUGAGCACUCUGUCGUUGUUUCUGUCUCCUGCUCUGAUCCCUAUAUCAGCCAGGUGCUUUGUUUUGUCAUUGCCAUAUUCAAUGAGGUGAGCAGCCUGGUGAUCAUCCUCACUACUUAUAUUUUCAUUUUCAUUACUGUCAUAAAAAUGCCUUCCGACGGGGGGUGCCGAAAAGCCUUCUCCACCUGUGCCUCCCACUUGACCGCCAUCACCAUUUUCCACGGGACUGUCCUUUUCCUCUAUUGUGUACCCCAUUCCAAAACCUCAUGGCUCAUCGUCAGAGUAGGAUCUGUGUUUUACACAGUGGUCAUCCCCAUGCUGAACCCCCUGAUCUACAAAGAUGUGAAGGAACAAAGAUGUGAAGGAGACUGUCAGAAAGUUAAUGAGCUACACAAUACAGUCUUGAAGAUUGAUUUAUUUCUGGAGAGAAUUUGCUUUAUGAUGUUGUAUAUUGUUCAGUGUCCCUAG